AAGUUAUAGACGUGUUAACUAGUUUGUGAGAAUAUUUUGUGAUUUAAAAUAGAAACAAAUCAUACAGGUCUCCUUUAGAAAUGUACAUGAACAUAUGUUUCAUACAUGUAUCUCCCAUUAGUUAGUAUGAUAACAUUAAAAAUCAGGACAACAAUCUGAACUACAUUGGAUUUAGAAUAAAUCGGUGUUAUGUCACAUGACCUUUGCAGUGACGAACUACUUAUUACGUAAUGUCACUUUCGGAAAACCUUGGAUUUAUGUGUCUGGUUGUUACCGUUGCGGCCAUGUUUAUCAGUGUCGUGACGCCAUAUUGGGUAGUUGAUGAUAUCAUGAAACCGAUGCACAAAGGUUUGUUAGCGAAUUGUGAGGAGGACAUGUGUACUUGGAUUUUUCAAGAUGUGAGGAUAAGCAAAGAGUUUCCAGCAUGGUUCAAGGCGACGCAGGGUUUGAUGUCAGUGGCGCUGGUCCUAGGCCUCCUGGCUCUACUGGUGUCCACAAUAUCUCUGUGUUGCACGUGUCACAGAUGUAGCCCUCAUCAACCUAUUUGUGGAUUUCUCAUUGUCGCAUCGGUGGCUAUAUCGGUAGGCAUCAUGAUAUUCGGGAUCAAGGCGAAGCAGGACUGGGGCAUAGACUUACAGGUGGAAACAAUGUCUAAAGGCCGGUUUGGUUGGUCAUUUUGGACGGCCAUAGGUGCCGCGGCCAGCGCCCUGCUGACUUCUACCAUAUACUGUUGUAUGGAAAGAAAGAGCCAAUAAAUGGAGCAUUGCGUGGGAUGAAGAUGGAAUGGAUGUUCCUGCAUUUUACUAGUCCUAGCUUCGUAGAUAUUUGGCUUUCCCACGGCUCCUGCCUGUCCAGUCUAAGACUGAUGGUGUUGGAAACUCAGCACGCUCGUGUCCAAAUUCUGUACACGCUGUUUUUGUACAUAUAAGAUUUUUUGUACAAAAACAUUUUUCGGAUGAAAAAAGAAAUUUGAUACAGACAUUUUGCACUACUAGAAGAAUAUUUGAUAAAUGCAUAUUAAACACUUGUUUACCACACCGUGUGUAUGUUUGUAUAAGGUAUAACGUCGUUGUUAUAUAUAGCGAUUGAUAAUCUUGUCGAAAGCUAUUAAAGCUAUGAUAAUCAAAACUAUUCAAAUACUUAAUGCUACAAUAACCUUUUUGCUUCCCUUCACAUUUAUGAAUUGUCUAGUUGGAUAGUUUAAUGUUUAACA